AUAGGUACUUUUCUUUUGAGCAUGUGUUGAUAGUGUUGUCGAGACCGGAGACUCGACUGACUCGAGGUUUUUGACAUACACUUGUGUAGCUAUGUAGGGAUCAUAUAUUAGAAUUCCAAGUCAUUCGUUAUCGAUUUAUUUAUUUAAAAGAACUAGGAAAUACGUUUAUUUAUUUGUAGAAAAAUGAGCGACUCCGAUGACGAUGUACCGCAAUUAAAUCCGGAUACUUUGGCCGCAUUGAAUGAAUUUUAUCAGGAAAGGGAAGAGCGUGAAAAGCAGUUUCAGGCUGCAUUGGAGCAGAAUGAAAACCAAGAUGCUACUUUCGAUGAAGAUUGGCAACUAAGUCAGUUUUGGUAUGAUGAAGAGACAAUAUCAACCCUCACUCAAGGGGCUGUACAGUCUACUGAAGGCAAUGCGAAAAUUGCCUUGAUUUCAUGUCCAACGCUAUACAAACAAUUAGUCAGUAUAGCUGGAGAAAGGCAAGUCAAAAUUUUAGAAUUUGACAAACGGUUUUCAAUUUUUGGUCCUGAUUUUAUCUUCUACGACUACAACACACCACAGGAUAUUCCAAAAGAUCUUUAUGGACAAUUUGAUCUUGUAAUCUGUGAUCCACCUUUUCUUUCUGAGGAGUGUUUAACAAAAACAGCCAUUACGGUAAAACUGCUGGCAAAAAAGCAAAUCGUUCUGUGCACAGGAGCUGUGAUGAGUGAGUUGGCUGAAAGAUUGUUGAAUCUGAAAAAAUGUAAUUUUGAACCUCACCACAAGAACAACUUAGCAAAUGAAUUUUGGUGUUAUUCAAAUUUUGAUUUUGAUAAGUAUUUAACGUAAAUGCUUAUCUCGUAAACUAAUUGAGUCAAUAAAUAUUACAAUACCUAUAUGUAAAAUUGCACUUUGUAAGAUAGUAUAGCUUCUUGGAGAUUCUUUCAAAAGAGUGAAGUUCACUAAAUGUAUAUAACUCAUAUUUUACUUUUGUAUAUAAAAAAAUACAAGUUUUUUAAUUCUGCAUA